CCUCCAUAUGCACAACCGCUGGCACGAGCUAUUUUCUAGCAGGCCAGCAGUGGCCGCGAAGUAACUUUGGCUUGCAUAAUUUUCGUAACCGAAUUCUCCUCGCUCCUUUCCACAUGGCAUUCCAUUCUUAAUCGAGUGUCUUGGGGCCACGGCGGCAUGGAGGCUGCCGCCAUCAACGCGGCCCUAUGGGUGGUGGGCAAGGCGCUGGCCCCCGUCAACGACGGCCUGCUGGAGGCAUGGGCGGCCACCACCGGGCUCGCCCCAAACAUCCGCGAGCUCAAGCUGGAGCUGCUCGUCGCGGAGGGGAUGCUGGACAACGCCCGUGACAGGGAGCCCCGUAGCCCCGCCCUUGGGACGCUGCUCCACGAGCUCCGUCAGCUGGUGUACGGCGCCGACGACGUGCUCAACGAGCUCGACUACUUCCGCAUCCAGGACGCGCUCGCGGCACCUACCAUGCUGCCGACACGCAUGGUCGCGGCUGCGUCCAUGGCCUCGUCCGCGAUGCUUGCUACACUGCCAAGGCUGUCGGUAAAAGAUUCUCAUGCUGCCCCCUUCCAUGUGUCCAAGAUGAUUCUCGAUCUGGCGUGUCGGAAAAGGAACCACCAAAAUUGAAGUUUGAUAGGGUGGGGAUAUCUAAAAAGGUGAAAGACAUCAUAGAUAAGCUCAAGCCCGUAUGUGCCAAGAUCUCCACUGUUAGUACUGAGCUACUAGCCUCCAACCCUACUACCCAACAACACAAUGCCAUG